AGAAGUUUGGCUGCCACGUAAUGGAUUUUAGCAAGUAACAGUUUAAGCUUUUUUAAAUUAUAGACGUUAUCUUGUGGCCUAUUUGUCUGUCUUAGGAAAGCCUCAUCAAAUUUUUUUUUUAGAAAUGAUGCUGUUUUCUCUGUGUUCGUUAUUGCCGUCACUGUUUGUUUUUGUCACUGGAGGAAAACUCCCCGAGCCAGACGUAAAAGUUGAGAUGAUACACAAACCUUUCAUGUGUCACCGAAAAUCAAAGUAUGGAGACAUGCUUCUUGUUCAUUACGAGGGAUUCCUGGAGAGCAAUGGCACUAUGUUCCAUUCCAGCCGGAAACAUGGGGAUAAAAAUCCAGUCUGGUUCACUCUUGGGAUUCGAGAGGUGCUUAAAGGUUGGGAUAAAGGUCUGCAGAACAUGUGUGCUGGAGAGCGCAGGAAACUGACCGUCCCUCCAUCACUGGCAUACGGCAAGGAAGGACAAGGUAAGAUUCCUCCAAGUAGUACCCUGAUUUUUGACAUUGAGCUCAUGGAGAUCCGAAAUGGUCCCAGGUCCCACGAGUCUUUCCGGGACAUGGAUCUCAACGACGACUGGAAACUCUCUAGACAGGAGGUGAAGCAGUACUUGAAGAAGGAAUUUGAGAAACAUGGCUACUCGCCUAAUGACACACAUCAUGAGGUGAUGGUUGAUGACAUCUUCAAAAACGAGGAUGAGGACAAAGAUGGCUUUAUAUCGGUCAGGGAAUUCACCUCCAUACACGAUGAGCUCUGAAUGAAUUGUUUUUAUAGAUUAUCUUUGAAACUGUUACAGAAAUUGCUGUUUUAAACAAACCUUUUAUUCCUUUAAUGCUGCAUGUGAACAGUGUCUUCAGCGUCAGUGUCGUUUUGUUUUAUAUUCUUUUAUUUUUUUGGGUUGACCUAGAAGUCUCGUCACCCUUUUGAACAUUUUUUACUUUAUUUAUAUUUCCGUUGCCCACACAGGUUUAAAUGUCAUAGUCAUCAUAUUUCUUUUGAUGAAACCUAUUUUUUUGUGAAAUAAACGACUUUGUUUUAAUACA